CUUUCCCGCCAACCCCCCCCAUCCGCGAGGCGCCAGCACCGCGCCUGCGCCGCGCCGGGACUCCCUCAGCGGGUGACGCCACCGCGCGCCGCCGCCGUGACGUGGCGGGGCCGUGACGCAGCAGGCGGAGGGGGCGCGAGCGUGCAAUGAUUACGCUGCGUUAGACCAACAGAAUGUUCUUCAUCGGUGACUUGGGGUGUUUUGAGGAUUGUUAUGUGAAGAGGGAUUGAGAUGGAUGAAAUAUCUUACUGGCCAUAGCAGGAACAGGAUGUGAAAGGCACCUGUUGAGCUGGAGGUUUGCAAGACUCAUCGGGACAAAGCCCUAAGCUCGGCGUUGACCCUGCCUUGAGCAGGGAGCCGGACUGGGUGACCUACUGGGGCCCUACCAGCCCGGAUCAUCCUGAAUGCUGUCAUAUCUAUUAGAGGGCAUAAUGCAGAAUCCGUUAACUUUUUCUGCAGGUGGUGUUUUUUUGCAUGCUAAUCCUGCAGAGAAACACUGUGUCCAACAAAGUGUGCUGGGUCAGCCAAAACAAGAAACUUGUGCUGGAAAGACAGUAUCCACAGAUAAACACAAAUCCACUUCAGAUAUACUACAAAGUUUUCAGAAGAAAAGUCAGUUUAGGACCAUCGCUCCCAAAAUGGUACCAAAAAUUUUAACAUCUGGAGUGGUUUCGUGUCUCCAGUCAUCUGUGCCUGAACAAAACCCACCAAAAAUCUCAGCUGCUGGUUCUAAACCUCUGAUGGUGCCAGCUCAAAACUACGCCGUCAUGCAGCUUGCUGGUCACGAGGGGACUUUCUCCCUCCUGGCCUUGCCGUACGUUACCCCUGCCGUACCGCAGCCAAUGCAGCCGUCAAACAUGGCCCUUUCUGAAAACCUAAAGCUGCCUAUCCCGAGGUACCAGUCUGUGAGAAAUAAACUGCUGAGUGACAAGAAACCGGCUCACAUCUCUGUUUUGGGUACACAGAACAAGAUUCCUACCAAAGCACAGGUCUCAUCGCAGACUUCCCCCAUGCCUACCCCAGCUGAAGACUGUCCUGAAACUCGUCCUAGUUCAGAUUCAUCAGAGCAAGUGAUGCUAUCAGACCGUGAGUCAUCUGAAAUGACAGCUGCCACCUUACGAAGUGAAAAUAAUUCCGUGGAAUCUGGAUUUCCUUCGGUGAGCAAAACAAAAACUGCUGUCAGGAAUGUUUCUGGACCAUCUAUAGUUAAAGACUCUUCGAACAAGCCAGCGAGUUCAAGUAAUCCCAUGAAACUUAGUCUGCACUCUGUGAAGACGGCACUUGAAACCACAAGGGAGUCAUUCGUUAUGGCUGAGAAACUGAAGGAAAAACCCACAAAUUCUGAAAAUCCUGUUACUGUCCUUUCACCGGCAGUUUUUGGCAGUCCGAUACAGAUGGCUCCAUCAACACCAAAAGAAAAACUUCCUAUUUUGCCUUACUCAAGGAUGAAAAAUUCAGUGUUCUGUAAAUCUAAGCAGAGUACUGCUGUUAUGAAUGUAUCCGGCCCUUCGAUAAGAUCUGACUGUGAAAAGACACCAGCUUCGGUGAAAGCCUUUCAUGUUCCUUCUAAAGGACCUGAUAAACGAUUAGCUGUACCAUUUACACAAGCCCCCAAACAAACCAUUCGAGAAAAUACGUUCUCUCCAUCCAAUAAAGUGGAUGUUGACAGCCUUAAAAAAUUGAAUGGUACACCCUCGAAAAGAAGAGGCAGGAAGAGAAGAGCCCCGGAUGAUUUAUUGGCUUUCCAGAGCAAGCGAAGGAAAUGCAUCGUUAAUAAAUUUCGAGAAGGAAGAGAGAGGGUGAAAGCUGAUCUGCAGCCACCUGAAGACAAAAAAGCGGAGGCGGUGAAAAGAUACCGUAGUAUUAGACCCAAACCAGUGGUGGUUGUGCAGGCUAUCGCACCGCUGACCUCUGCAGCUGUCAUAGAGGCAAAGUCUCCCGACUGUUUAGGGCAAGAUCUUGUUUUAAGCAGCUCGCUUGCCAGUAAAUAUUUAAGCUACAAGCAUAAUGACACUCCGUCGGUUAAAUCUAUUGAUUUAGGCAGAAACGCGUACUCAGCUGUGCCUAAGCCGUGGCAUAAAUGCCAGGUUUGUAACCAUCACUUCCAGUUCAAACACCACCUCCAGGACCACAUGAACACGCACACGAACAAGCGGCCGUACAGCUGCCGGAUCUGUCGGAAGGCGUACAUUCAUUCCGGGAGCCUGAGCACGCACAUGAAGCUUCACCACAACGAAGGCAAACCCAAAAAGCUUGUGUGCUGCGAAUUCUGUGCUAAAGUUUUCGGCCAUGCAAAAGUCUAUUUUGGUCACCUAAGGGAAGUGCACAGGGUUGUUAUCAGUACCGAGCCCUCCAGUAGUGAGCAGCAGCUGCAAGAUGCUCUGAGGAGCAGAGACACAAACAUAAAAGAGGCAGAAGAAGCAACAGAGAGGGGAAACAAGUGCGAUUUGGAAGACCUGUUCCAUAAUCCUGGAGAGGUUAAAUUGCAGAUCAGAUGUGGUCGGUGCCAGUUCAUCGCACAGUCUUUUGCUGAAAUGAAGUUUCAUUUACUGUGCUCUCAUGGAGAAGAGAUCCAGGGAAGAGUGAAGGAAGGGGUUUUGCAAGGAAGUAAAGGAGCUAGGGGGGAACUCAUCAAACAUGCAACACACCUCUGGAAACAGCGCAACGAGAGAAGACACACAGCAAAAUGCAGUGCCUGUGAGGAGGAGUUUUAUGCUUUGCCAAAACUGAAAAGACAGAUACACUUUCACCAUCAGAAUAAUGUUGAUAUGUUAUCUAAAAGUGAAGUGACUCAGUCAGGAAGCAGUGAAGCAGCCAAGGAGAUGCAAAAUGUUGGUUCUGGUUCACCAAGCAAAAAGAUUGAAAUUUGGUCUAAAGCUGGAUAUAACUGCAUUUUGUGCAAACAGUUAUUUGGAAGGAAGGAGGAUCUUUGUAAUCAUUGGCAGAGUCAUCAUAACUGUGAAGACCCUUCUGUUUUAUGGACAAUCUUUAGUUUGGUCUCAAAACAAGGAAUUAUUGAACUUUCCAAUAAUGGUUAAUACUGAAGUGCAGUUCUACUGUGCUGUAUUGCUAAACUGACUCGUGAGAUGUACUACUUCAGAGGUUUGUUUGGUAUUGUGUUUUGUUUGGUUAGCAGUUGCAAUCUUUGCUCACCUUUGUUUUGUUGAAUAGAAAAUGUAUUCAUCCACUGUCUUUCCAGGUGGGUACAUGCAGGCUGGUUAUGAAAUACUACAUUUAAUAUUCACGUAUGAGGAACUUAGCAACAGCAAAUACUCAUUGCUAAUGGUUAAAAUUAAGAAGAUACUCCAACUACCUUACACUGUAUGUUAUGCAGAAAUAAAUCAGUUUAUUUGAAGUAAUCCCGAUCUUGAAUAAAAUGGCAAACCAGACUAAAAGUGUAAUUUCAGUCCCAACUGUGCUUCCAGAUUUUAUGCUAAAUUGGUAUUUCUGUACAAUUUGGUAGAUCAUUUGAAGGUGCAUAUAUGCAGCCUGCAUUCAGGAGCUUUACUAUCUAUAAUUUAAAAGCUUUUAAAUCUUGUUUUCUUGAUUUCAGUCUUUUCAGCCACCAGGUCUUUAGGAGUUAUAUUCUGUCCUUACAACAGCAGGGAUCUCUGGACUUUAAAGUGAAAAAUCUACAUGUAUUUUUUUGCCUGUAGCCCUUUGGAUUGAAGACAAGAGUUAGUCACUACCUGUGAAGAUGGAACCCUCAAAGCCUGACUGCUUUAUGGAAAAAAAAAAAAAAAGAAGAAAAAAAGAAAGAAAAGAGGUUGUUCUAAAAAUAAGCUGAGUUUGUUACUUCAGGGAAGUUUGACAUUCUGCAAUAGGUUGCAUGAUUCACAUUGAACUUUAAGCAUUUUCCUUGCACCUCCUGUGACAGCAGCGCAAACACCUUUGGCUCUUUCCUUUAACACUCUCGGUAUAUCUCUUUUGUACCUAUGCAGUUGGCUUUGGCUUCAAAGGAAGAUUGUUCCCCAGCUUCUGAGUCUAUGGUACAGCUAAUGAGCUUUUUUCACUUGUGUUGCCACAUUUACCGUAUUGUAGGAUUGGCCUGCAGCACCUUCACCUUCCAAUAUUAGGAGCCAGUAGCAUUUACCUUACUGGGAUACACACCUGUAGUGGAUGUGCUGUUCCCCCUAAUGGACCAUCUCAGCACAUCCCCAAGGGGGCAGUUUCAGUUGAGGCUGUAAGGAGAUGGAGUUCUGGAGCUCAUUUUUUUGUGAAAAGUUCAUUGAAGCCAUUAAAUUUCGUUUGAAAUUUGUGUUUAAA